CCCCCCCCGUUUUUCCUUCUGAGGGGAGACGAGCCCAGAGCCCGACGCCGAGCCGGAGCGCAGCGCAGCUUCUCCCUCCGAAGCAGGCAUGGACAUGAUGCCUCUGGUCCAGGGCGCUUGUUGCUCCAACCAGUGGCUGGCCGCGCUGCUGCUGAGCCUCUGCUGCCUGCUGCCCUCCUGCCUGCCCGCCGGGCAAAGUGUGGACUUCCCCGGGACGGCCGUGGACAACCUGGUGGUCAGGAAAGGCGAGACGGCGGUGCUGAGGUGUUACUUGGAAGAUGGAGCUUCAAAAGGUGCCUGGCUGAACCGAUCAAGUAUUAUUUUUGCAGGAGGAGACAAGUGGUCAGUAGAUCCUCGAGUUUCAAUUGCAACAGCAAACAAAAAGGAGUACAGCCUCCAGAUACAGAACGUGGAUGUCUCAGAUGAUGGUCCCUAUACUUGUUCGGUGCAGACUCAACACACGCCAAGGACAAUGCAGGUGUACUUAACAGUAAAAGUUUCUCCAAAGAUAAGUCAUAUCUCAAAUGACAUUGUGGUGAAUGAAGGAAGUAACGUCACACUGGCCUGCUUGGCUACAGGGAAACCAGACCCUUCCAUUUCUUGGAGACAUAUCUCUCCAUCAGCCAAACCAUUUGAAAGUGGACAGUAUUUGGACAUCUAUGGAAUUACAAGAGACCAAGCUGGGGAAUAUGAAUGCAGUGCUGAAAACGACGUCUCAGUCCCAGAUGUGAAAAAAGUAAAAGUCACAGUAAACUUUGCCCCAACAAUUCAGGAAAUAAAAUCGAGUGGAGUGACGCUUGGAGGGAGUGGAUUCAUAAGAUGCGAAAGUGCGGGUGUUCCUUCCCCAGCUUUUGAAUGGUUCAGAGGCGAAAGGAAACUGAUCAAUGGACAACAUGGGAUUACUAUUAAAAGCUAUAGUUCAAGAUCAUUUUUAAAUUUCAACAAUGUGACGGGGGAGCAUUUUGGAAACUACACAUGUGUCGCUGCCAACAAACUAGGCACAACCAAUGCCAGUCUGCUUCUUAACCAAAUUAUUGAGCCUACUACUACUAGUCCUGUCUCAAGCCCAGCUCCGAGUACAACCCAGCUUGGGAUCACUGGGGGUGCUGAAGUUCUAUUAUCCUGCUGGUUCCUUGUGUUGACACUGUCCUCUUACACCAGCUUAAUGUACCUGAAGAACAUCGUUCUACAAUAAAUGUAAAGAACCAUGAA